AUGGUAUUAUCGCAAAAUGGAAGAGAAAAGGAGAAUUUUUUUAAAAAAUAUUUUUUAAAAAGUGUAGAUAUAAAUAAACUAUCAGUUACAAAUAAAUAUUUAAUUUUUAUUUUAUUCUGUUUCUAUAUAAUAACAUGUGUAGGAAUAUUUUUUAAUUGGAUAUCUUUAUCAGACUUUUUUUAUAACGGAAAUGUAUAUAUAAAUCAUUGUAAUAACAUAGAUAAUAAUGCAAAAAUUAAAGGUAUCCAAAAAUAUAGUUGUGAUGAACAAGACAAAAAAGUUCAAGCUUUGUAUCCAAUUAUUAUUUGUUCUAAUUUUAUUAUGUCAGCUAUAUCUGGCACUUUUUUUGAUUAUUGUGGUCCAAAAAUUACAGCAAUAAUUGGCCAUAGUUUUAACAUACUUUCUUGGGUUUUAAUUGGAUUACAAGGAGAGGGAAAUAAUAGUAUAAUUUUUGGUGCUGUAUUUUUAGGAUUAUCUUGUGAUUCUGCUUUUAUCCCUAUUCUCAGUUUAAUUUAUCUUUUUCCAAAACAUCAUACUAUUUAUACUGUUAUAUUAGGAUGUUGUGCUUCUUUAAGUUUUGCUAUGCCAAUAUUUUUAGAUUUAUUUUCUAAAGUUAAUGAUAGAGACUCUUUUCAGUUAAUUUGCUUUUUAUAUUGUAUUAUUAUUUUAGUUCCCUUUUUUUUUGCCUUACUAAUCUUUCUUCCAUGGAAGCAUAUAAAUGCUCCCAUAGAAGAAAAUGUAGAAACAAAUAAUAUGACCCUUCAAGAAUUAGAAAGUUACGUUAUUUCUGAUAACCAAAGAAACAUAAAAUCAAACAAUUCACUCAACAGUAAAUCUUUCCAAGAUAGCGAGAAAAAAAAAGAUACAAUUGAAUAUAGAAACACUUUAGAUAUAUUAAAUUUGAAAAAUGAAAACCUUAAUAAAAAUAAUGUGGAAGAUAAAUUCUUAGAAUAUAGAGAGAAAACAAAUUAUUUAAGUAAAGAAAAUUCAUUCCAUGAAAUGGAAAAAGGAAAAGAGCUACACUCACUAUCUGAGAAUAAGGAUAUUAAUGAACAAAUAAAUAUAUCCAAUUCACAAAGUAUAAAUUUAAGAAAAAAAGAUAAAAUGAAUAUUAGUACAAUUAAUGAUAAUAUCAUUAAGGAUGAUAUUAACAAAAAAAAAAGUUUACUCAAAAUAGAAGAUAAAAUAGAAAAAAAAAAAAUGUGCGUAAGUUUAAGAAACUUCUGGAACGAAAUAAGAACGAUAUUCUUUUCAUUCAAAUAUGUAAGUAUUUGUUAUUAUUUUACCAUAUAUAAUUUAUCUUUAGUAAAUUAUAAUGAAUGUGCUAAAUUAUUUUUUAAAGAUUACAAUGAUAUACAAAAUUUACUAAAAAUAUUUGGACCUUUAUCUGUCUUUCCAUGUGCUUUAUUCGGUUUUUUAAUACAGAAACUUCAUAUACUUCCUAUAAUAUUUUGUUUAUUAUUAAGUAGUGUAUUAAUGUAUAUAUUUGCAGUUUUAAAAUCAAAAGUUUUUGCAUACUUCAGUUCGAUUUGUUAUUUAAUUGUUACUGGGUGUUAUACUACUCAAUUGUAUUGUUAUAUUCAAAUUAUGUUUCCGAAAUGCCAUUUCGGAAAAAUUGCUGGAACCACUAGUAUGAUAAGUGGUUUAUUAUCUUUAUUAAAUAUACCUAUUUAUAAUUAUUACAUUGUUGAUUAUAGCAAUAAUGACCCUAAUCCUUUUGCUUAUAUUGUUAUUGGCCUUUUAAUUUCUACAUUUCCUUUUCUGUUUUAUAUUUACAGAAGAAAUAAAAAGAAUACAUGA